AUGGCUUCUUCGUCAUCCAACGUCGUCGGUGUGCACUACAGAGUAGGCAAGAAGAUUGGAGAGGGGUCCUUCGGUGUUAUUUUUGAGGGCACCAACCUGCUCAACAACCAGCAGGUUGCUAUCAAAUUUGAACCGAGGAAGAGCGAUGCUCCCCAGCUCCGAGAUGAGUACCGGACCUACAAGAUCCUGGUCGGCUGCCGUGAGUCAAUUCGCGGUCGAGUAUUCUAUGAGCGUACUGGAACUGACGAGGCUCCGAUAGCUGGCAUUCCCAACGUGUACUACUUUGGCCAGGAAGGUCUCCAUAAUAUCCUGGUCAUCGAUCUCCUAGGCCCUUCCCUUGAGGAUCUCUUUGACCACUGCAACCGCCGGUUUACUAUCAAGACCGUCGUCAUGGUUGCCAAGCAGAUGCUGUCUCGUGUGCAAACUAUUCACGAGAAGAACCUCAUCUACCGCGAUAUCAAACCCGACAACUUCCUCAUCGGGAGGCCUGGCACCAAGACUGCCAACGUGAUCCAUGUCGUCGACUUUGGAAUGGCAAAGCAGUACAGAGACCCCAAGACGAAGCAGCACAUUCCCUACCGCGAGCGGAAAUCCCUCUCGGGUACGGCGCGGUACAUGAGUAUCAACACUCAUCUGGGCCGAGAGCAGUCACGUCGAGACGAUCUCGAGGCUCUGGGCCACGUCUUCAUGUACUUCCUCCGCGGUGGGCUGCCGUGGCAGGGCCUCAAGGCUGCGACAAACAAGCAAAAGUACGAAAAGAUUGGCGAAAAGAAGCAGACGACAGCCAUCAAGGAGCUGUGUGAAGGCUUCCCCAUCCAAUUCGAGAAGUACCUGACGUAUGUCCGGAACUUGGGCUUCGAGGACACACCCGAUUACGAUUACCUGCGUGAGCUCUUCACCCAGGCCCUCAAAGAUGCCGGUGGUGUCGAGGAUGGCGAGUACGACUGGAUGAAGGUUGGCAAGGAGAAGAAGCACGACUGGGACCGUCCCGGCGCGCUUCACAACCCAAACCAGAGACCCGGUGCAUCCAACAUGGAGCUGCACGGCAACUCGCGGGGGGCAACGACGCCUCACCAGGACCCUCGAUCUCGUCUCACUGCCGACCGUUUAAACGCCGCGCAACCCCCGCCUCCUUCACCGAUCAAGCAAACACCCCGGAAAGAUCGGCAAAACGCCCCCGGCGCCAUCAUGGCGCAGAGGGGCUCAGGAGUCGGGGGUCUCCGGGACAUGGCCACUCCGACGGGCUCGACGCAGGCUCAAUUCCAGAACAGCAGCCAGAACCUGCCCCAGAGGCCGAUGCACCAGCAGGUCGGCAUGCAGGCCCAGGCCCCGUCUAACGGCCGCCAGGGUGAGCCACAGCCGACUGGUUUCCAGAAGUUCAUGAAGGUGCUCUGCUGUGGCUAG